CUUCCAUCUACAUUCAACCAAUGCCUUCAUAUAUAACCUUUUCAUCUCGAAGAUGCCCACCAGUUCUCAUCCCUCUUCUCCGCCUCAUAACCCUAAUAUCCAUACCUACCGCCCACCCUAAACACCUUCAUUCUUAAUCCUCACCCACCCCAUCUGAACCAUCAUGUCCAGCCAAAUCCCCCUCAACACCGAAACACGAACCACCUUCUACACCGGAAGAAGGACCCCUAUCCAAACCGAAGUCCCCCUCCGACCAGAAACAUCUCCUCCCCCUCCUCCUCCAUCACCAGAUUCUCCCACCACCUACCCCAAGCCGAGAGCCCCCUACCCAUCCUGGAAAAUCAGCCACGUCUGGUUCCACCUCCCCCCAGGCGCCCAAGACUUCCACGACAACACCUGGCCACCAUACCGCCACGGGCUCUGGAUCGAGCACGGCCCCGCAGGCCGCGGCCACCUGCACCACGUCGUGGGCAAUUCUUCAGACCGGGAAGGCCUAAUCUACGCCGUCAAACACUUCAAGCACCCUAUCACUAACGAACCCACGUACGAGGGCGAGACCGUUAUCGGCUAUCUCAGCCCAGAACGCUAUCCGGAUCUCAAGCAGGCGUUCUUGACAUGUCAGCCUCCGUUGCAGCAGAAGAAGUACAACAGGCGGACGGAUGUCACGGAACCGUUUGGGAUUACCGAGGAUGGUCAGACGGUGUUUUAUAGCCAGUAUAGGCUGGAGAACUUCAUGUUUCCGCCGUUGAAGCUGGAUCGGUACUUUGUUAAGUUGCAGUUGUUGGAGAAGGUUAGGGAGAUGAAGUUGAGUAGGAGCCAGGCCGGGGAUUAUGUCGUUCUUAGUGGGUUUUUUCCGGCUGAGGAGUGGGAUGAGCCAGAGGAGUUGGGGGUGGGUUCUGCUGGGGAGGGGAGUGGGUGA